GCAAAAGCACCAAAUGUAUUCAUCUUAAUAAAAUUUUCUUGUUUAGAUAAACUUAGGACAUACAAAAAAAUAAAAUGGAUUCUUAUUCAUAUGUAUCUUUUUCUUCAUCUUCUAAUUCUUCUAAUAAUAAAAAUAAAACAUUACCUUCAUAUCAUUCCUCACUUCAUGGAGUUAGAAAACUCCCAUCAAAACCAAUGACUAAAUUACCAAUUGCACCAUUGCCACCAACACCUCCUAAAAUCUAUAGAGUCGAACCGAUUAAUUUCAAGGAAGUUGUCCAAAUGCUGACCGCAGCUCCUGAGUUUCAAUCCGUCUCUAAUAAUUUUGUCUGUAGUUUUGGCUUUGGUUCUGGCUCUAUCUCUGGUUCUGGCUUUAUUUCUGGUUCUGGCUUUGAUUCAGACUCUAUCUCUGGUUCUGACUUUGGUUUUGGCUCUAUCUCUGAUUUUGACUUUAUUUCUGGUUCUGACUUUGAUUCUGACUUUGGUUUUGGCUCUAUCUCUGGUUCUGGCUUUAUUUCUGGUUCUGACUUUGACUCUGGCUCUAUCUCUGGUUCUGACUUUGGUUCUGGUUCUAUCUCUGGUUCUGGUUCUUUCAAUGCGAGACGUUUACAAGAUGUGGCUCCUCCACCACUUGACCUCUCACCGGUUUCAUUACAAAGACAUAACGACAACAAUAAUAAUAAUAUUGCUGCCCAAUGGCGCGAGUUCCUUCGUCCUUCUUCUUCUUCCUCGAAAAAUCAAUUAGUUGAAUCAAUCGAGACUGGCAUUGACUUGACAAAUAAUGAAGCACCAGAAAAAUCGCAUGUAAUGCCUCGGAUUCCAUCAGAAAAUUCUUUUGGAUCGUGUAGUCCAUUGGCUAAUUUCCCUCUAUCGCCCACUUCUUUUGCAUGGUGUUCUUCUAUUCUUUUUAGCCCUGGCACGCUUACUUCACCAAGCGCGGUUCAAAUCAUUUGAGAGUUACAACUUAUUAUUUGAAAAAAAAAAGACAAUUUGAUGCUCUAAUGCUUUCACUAUGUGCAAAGUUCGAGAAAGAGUUGACGCACAAGAAUUUAUUAAACACAGUCUUACCUUACAUCUCUGCAAGAGGCUGUUUCCACAUUAUUAUUUCUUGAUUUUUAUUACUAGUAUUAUUUACAUUGUGAUUGGAUUAUGCUUAAUUUGUUAUUUUUUUUAUAUAUAUUUUUUUU